GGCUUGCAGCUUGUGACGCAAGUGCUGCCCCGCCGUUUGCCGGUCCCGCAGGCAGCUCUUCGCGGCAACUUCCCAACUUUGACUCAGCCAUCAACACGACUGUCACACCACUCCGACAUCGAGCUGCUCUCGCGUCGCCGUUAUCACAUCUCCGUCCCUCCAUAUAGCUCAAGUACCACAGCGAACAUGGCCAAAGGCAAGGGUGGCGGAGGAGGAGGCGACAACCUGGGCAGCAAGAAGGCCCAGGGCCAGGCGCGCAAGGCUGACACUGCCAACGCAAAGAAAGCGGCAGCGCAGGCAAGCGAAGAUGCCGCAGAGUCCGCCAAGUGGGACAAGGGCUCAAAGUCGAAUGCGAAGGCUGACGCCGCCGCCGAGAAGGCUGCUGAAGCUGCUCGAAAGAAGGCCGAGAAAGCAGCCCUCCUCGCCGAAGAAGAGGCCUCAAUGCCCUCCAAGCCCAAGGGCGCUGGCGCAAAGAAAGCAGAGAAGAAGCCCGCAGGCCGUGGUAUCGACUCGGCACUGGGCUCCUUCGACAAGCCAGGCGCGCUCAACGCAACUGGUAUCGAUAACGCCCUCGAUGCGCUCGACCUCACAUCCGACAGCAAGGACAAGCUGGACCGCCACCCCGAGCGCAGGUUCAAGGCUGCGUACGCUGCGUUCGAGGAGAGGAGACUGGAAGAGAUGAAGGACGAGAAGGGCCUUAGGCGGCAGCAGAAGAUUGAUCAGAUCAGGAAGGAGUUUGAGAAGCACCCGGACAACCCCUUCAACCAGGUCAACGCCUCUUACAACGCCUCGCGAGAUGACAUGGCGGCAAUCCGGGAUGGCGUGAAGAGCGAGAAGGAAAGGAGGUUGGCCGGCAACUGAAGCUGAUUGAAAAAGACGCUUUUAGAACGAGGCUAGACGGACCUCAUGAUGAUGUUGGAGUACGGCCUGUGAGAGACUAGAGCUUCUCGCUGAUGCCGAGGACUGAACAGGAGCCAAAGCACUCCAGGGUUGGAUCUGCGUGAUGCCAGCGCACACGGGGCGCUACACGUCCCAGGUUUCGAUUACAGAGUUUCUAUAGAGGGCUAUAUGGCUGCAUAUGCAUACUGUAUUCUUGGCA